CACUAUCAUCUCUCCAACAUACAGUCCCAUGUAAAUAUCGUUCCCCUCCAAAACAUUCAGUCCCAUGUAAAUAAUAUCACUCCCCUCCCCAACAUACAGCACCAUAUACACAUCACUGCCUACUUGGAAGAUCUCCAUGGUGCAGUGUCUACCAACUAGUGUACCUCCGGCUUUUACAAAACUACAACUCCCAGCAUGCCCAGACAGCCUUUGGUUGUCAACAACUGGAGGCACACUGGUUGUCAGACACUGCCAGAGAGCGUUUCCGCCAAUACAGCGGUGAGAACUACACUUCCCACAAUGCAGCAGCACGUCAUCUCUCCCGGACGUGACUGACCACUGGCGCCACGUGACCGCUUCACGUCACUCCCAUUCUAUGCUCUUACCUGAGCCACCUCCACACUGUGAUACCCGGGCCGCUUCACCUGUACAGCUCGGCCGGUGAAGCCCCGCCCACGUGACCCAGCCAAAUGUCGGCCGCGGCUCCACACGGUUACCGGACAGAAGAUGACCGGGUGUGAGAGGACUCGACCAUGAACCUACCGCGGCUGCUGUGUCGCCACAAGACGGCGCUGGGUUUGGCCGCUCUGUCCCUCUUCGCCAUAAUCCUGCUUUACCUGGCCAAAUGUACCUCCGAGAACCUGAAGCCUAUGCCCGCCUGGGGUCUCCCUCACCAGCAGGGUUCUCUAUUCGGCCACAAUGGCCUUCAGCCCGCGCUGCCCGACAAGAGCGUCUCCACAUUCCUGGCCGUCCUCAUAGCCAGUGGGCCUAAGUACACGGAGCGCCGCAGCAUCAUCCGCAGCACCUGGCUGUCCGCCGCCUCCGCCCACCAGGGGUCGCUGUGGUGCCGCUUUGUCAUAGGAACAGCGGGGCUGGGAGAGGAGGAAGCGGUUUCCUUGGAGAUGGAGCAGCGGAGACAUGGCGACCUGCUGCUGCUACCUGACCUGCGCGACUCCUACGACAACCUGACGGCCAAGCUGCUGCUCAUGUACGUGUGGCUGGACCGCCAUGUGGACUAUAAGUUCGUCCUGAAGGCCGACGAUGACACCUUCGCCCGGCUGGACGUCCUGCUGGAUGAGCUGAAGGCUCAGGAUCCCCGGCGGUAUUACUGGGGCUUCUUCUCGGGCAGAGGACGGGUGAAGUCGGCGGGGAAGUGGAGGGAGAGCGCCUGGGAGCUGUGUGACUACUACCUGCCCUAUGCCCUGGGCGGGGGGUAUGUGCUGUCCUGGGACCUGGUGCAUUACCUCAGCCUCACCAAGGACUACCUGGCACACUGGCAGAGUGAGGACGUGUCCCUGGGGGCCUGGCUGGCGCCCCUGGAGGUCCGGAGGCUCCACGACCCAAGGUUCGACACCGAAUACAAGUCCAGAGGCUGCAACAAUAAGUAUAUAGUCACCCAUAAGCAAAGCAUUGAGGACAUGCUGGAGAAGCACCAGACCCUGGCCAGGGAGGGGAAACUGUGCAAAGAAGAGAUCAAACUGCGCUUAUCGUACAUCUACGACUGGGGCGUGCCCCCCUCCCAGUGCUGCCAGAGGAAAGAUGGCAUCCCAUGAAUGCCCAAAGACUACUAAUCUAGGGACCACCUACUCAGAAGACUUAAAGGAUUCUGAAGACUCUGAAAGGAGUGGAUAUCUCCUUUAAAUAAUGCUCUAAGGCAGUGUUUCCCAACCAGGGGGUGCCUCCAGCUGUUGCAAAACUACAACUCCCAGCAUGCCCGGACAGCCGAAGGCUGUCCGGGCAUGCUGGGAGUUGUAGUUUCACAACAGCUGGUGGCACCCUGGUUGGGAAACAUUGCUCUAAGGUGACCACCAGAAAGCCCCGGAGGUGGUCUUAAAGCCACCAGUUACGCUAUAUUGUGUAAAACUCUGAUUCCCUGGUGAAUGGAUGUGGCUGGAUACCAAACUAUUGGUCUGAGCUGAGAAACCUCCAUUGAUAUGACUAGUCAGAAUAACUAUGAUAUCAAUAUGAUAUGAAGACUUCUUCUUGUAAUGGAAGGCAAGGGAGGAGUGAUGACUUUAAUUCCCCGUCUCCUUUAUAGUUAUGCAUGCAGGAAGCUGACAAAUAUGUUGAUCCCAAUGUGGAAAGGGGAAUAAAUGGCUGACUGAUACUUUAAGCCGGUGUCCCCCAACUUGUGGCUCUUAAGCUGUCGCAUAACACCCCAAGGCUGUCGAGCAUGCUGACAUUCAUAGUUUUGCAACAGCUGGAGUCACAGGUUUAAGAACGUUGCUUUAAGCAGUGCUGUUGGGUACUACAGAAACAAAGGAUCAGAUCGGUUACAUACAAGUUUUUUCUUUGCUUCAGUAUCUGUCAUCGAGGAAUAGUCGAUAAACGCACAUUAGGGUUAUCUGAAGUAAUUUUAAGUGUGCAAGUGAAUGGCUUCAGCCUUGUAUAUGGCAGACCACUUCACAGAUUGCUGUUCAAGAAGGCAAUGGCUUAAACAGUGUUUCCCAACCCUUGGCUCUCCAUAUGUUGCAAAACUACAAUUCCUGUCAUACAUUAGUGUGCCCUCACUUUAUAUAAAAAAAAAGUACUUGCCUCCGUUCGCACGCUGAUCCCUGAUCUAUUCGGUAUUCAUUAGCAAAUUUCUUGGGUUGGCCUUCUGGUAUUAUAUGAACAGCAGAUGUCACAUGACCACUGCAGCCAAUCACCAGCCUCAUUAAUCGAUCCUGAGUAUGGAGAGUGACAGCCGAGGUCGCUGAUUGGCAGCGGUGGUCACCUGUUGUCCACUGCUCAGUUAACGUUGGAGAAUCAGCCACACACAGAAGGGGAUAAGCGUGGGAACUGAGGUGCAGGUUGUAAAUGUAUAUUUUAUUUUUUUUUCUUAUAAAAAAAAAAAAAAAAUUGACCUCCCUAUUGGAAAGGGCUGGCAAAAACCUAGGCUCUACAACAAACUUCUUGGUUGGCUUGGUGACCUGGGAUUUGUCAAGCCCUUGGCCACUACUCGAUUCCUAGUACUCUGAUAUCCUUAGCAUUUCAAUAAACAUGAGUGGAGUGGAAAUCAAGUCUGGCACUACCUUUCCAUUCUGGAAGGAUUUUUCUACCUUUUAAAGAAAUAUUGUAGAUCUUGGGGGGGUCUUCUGUGAUCUUCUGUACAGGGGCGCGCCAGUCCGCAAGAGGGGGGCGUUCAGUCCCCACAUGACGCGGCGGGACAUGCCCCCUCCAUGUAUCCCAUAGAGAUGGCGGGGGCCCCAGUGGAUAGGGGAUAAGUUUAUAUUCCAUUACAGUACUCCUUUAAGGUGGUUACUCACCAACAAGUGUUUUCAGCCAAAGGCUCAUUUGGCAAGAAACAAUUACUAUAUAUCUCUCCCAUACACAUGAGUGCUGAGUUCAUCUUAGUGUGCAUGUCUUCUCAGUGGGAGCAGGGGAGUAAGCAAUUGCCACAUACACCUGGUGGUGGAUUAUUUCCCUUCAAAAGGCUAUAUCCUUCUCUACGUUAUCUGCCAAACACAUAAAUGGAAACACCCAAUUUUACCCUAAUCAGUAUGUUCACCUUUACAGUGGUUACUACAUUAAAGCUAUAUUGUCCAGUCUGCUACUUGUCCACCAUUCCUGACCUUUCAAGUGGUGGUAUAUGAACCUCCAUUCUUCUAGGUCUCUGGGCACAUUUACAGAUCCUAAUGCUUUUGUUUCUGACAACUUGAUCAGUGGACUUGUACAGUGUAGGAGCCCUUUUUAGACCGCAUUGCAGCAGUAAACAAGUCAUCCCUUUUAUGCUGCUUGAACCAUGAAUCAUUUGGGUGGUCCCUGGUGGGUUCUGCCUCAACAGCCUUGGAUGGGUCUUUAGUUACAGUGAAAGAUUUACAAAUCAAGGACAGAGGGGCAGGGAGAAGCCACCAGAGAAUCUCAAUAGCAUGAAAGUGAUGACUGGUUCAUCUUAAAUAUUUGUAUUACUGCUAAGUUUACAAUAUGUGUGUGUAUAAAAAAUAUAUUAGCCACUAUUUUCCUCUACAAUCACAUGAUCAAGGGCAUAGUCAUCCCCUUUUUUUCUCUCCAAUUCUUCAGUAGAGCAACAGUUUCUGAAUCCACACAAUGGGCUUUUUUUUUUUUUUUUUUUUUUUUUAUGGAAAUCUUCCUGGCAUGGGCCCCUAUGGUGGUGGCAUAGCCUGAAAAGUACUUGGCUUUAAUGGUUUGGCUGCAGGCUCGAUCUCCGAUGUACCUCAGUAUUAAGACAACUAGUUUUUCCUGAUUUUUAAUGUUCUCUUCAGAGCUCCCAUAUUUAUAAAUAAAAAGUAAUCCUAUAUACAUCUUUAUUUAUUACAAUUUUUUUUUUUUUUUUUUUACACCUUUUUGUUUUAAAAAUGAUGCUAUUGUGAUGUGCGUAAAUUUCUAGCUGGUCUCAAAUUGUAGCAUACGGUGGUAGACAUAUGACUUGCAAUACAUAGAUGACAUGCUACAUUCAUAAAUAAAAUCCUUUUGUGGAAGAC